GGAAGGGAGAAGAGAAGCGGUAAAAGGAGGCUGAUUUGAGAUGCCAAAGGGAUUAGGGCAUUGGAAGGGGUCUGGAAAUGGCAUUGGGGAUGUGGCUGGAGGUGGCGAUCGGCAAGAAAUUGUGGCCGUUGCCGUUGAUGCAGAUAAGAAUAGCCAGCAUGCCCUUAAGUGGGCUGCGGAUCAUGUUAUUCAGCGUGGCCAAAUCUUCAUCCUCCUCCAUGUUCGCAAGAAGAUCUUAACCAUUCCUACCCCUGCUGGUUUCCAAGUUCCAAUUGCUGAAGUGGAUAAGGAGAUUGCAGCUGCUUUUUAUGAACAGAUGGAUGCUCGAACCAAAGAAUUGCUUCUUCCUUUUCAAUGUUUCUGCAGUAGAAGAGGGUUGCAGAGCAAGGAAGUGAUUUUAGAAGAUACGGAUAUACCAAAGGCCAUUAUUGAUUUUCUCUGCCAGCAAAGUAUUGAUAAACUAGUAAUGGGAGCAUCAGCUAGGAAUGUGUUUGCAAGGACAUUUAAAGCAGCAGAUGUGCCGCUUUCUGUUUCUAGACUUGCUCCAGAUUUUUGUUCAAUAUAUGUUAUAUCAAAAGGGAAGAUAUCUUCUAUUCGACCGACAACUCAUCCAAAUAGCCAUCCUCCAAACAGAGCAGCACUCGGGUUUGAGGCUGUUGAAAAUCGAUUCUUAUCUAUCAAAAGUGAACCGGAUGCUGUACACCAUUCCGAACCAGCUGCUAGGUCGCUUGGAGGAAGGCCUACGAAUGUUAAGGAUUCUGGGUAUAACAACAAAAGUAAUGAAAAUAUCAUUGCUAGAGUUUCCAAGACGCAUCUUGACCAUUUCUAUCCGAGUGUAGCUUCAUGUCCAAGCCCAAGCAGAACAAGUGUUGAAAGCCAACCUAAAUAUCCAAGGAUAGAUAUCGAUCGACAAUCACGCCUUGAUGAGCAAAUGAGGGUCCCUGAUUCAAAUAAAUCUGACAAUUCCUAUUGGUCAAGUGGAUCUAGUUCUAGUGGAUAUAAUAACCAUUCAGGCUCUGCUUCCAGUGAAGAGCAUAAAAGCCCAACUUCUUUGCCUAAGCAGAUGUCCAACUACAAGAACGGAGAAAGAGCCAAUAUGCCUAUGAAAUCAAAUUCAAAUGAGAACCGAAGGCCUCAAGCAUUGCAUGAAGGACUGGCAGAGGAAAGGAAGUUAGUGACUGAAUCUAACAAGGGUGUUCCCAGUGAUAAAAGUCCUCAUCGUGGGAUUCCUGAGGAGAUAAAAAUGUUGAAUUGUUUCUCCUCCGAUGUUCGGUAUAGAAGAUAUACCGCGGAAGAGAUCAGGAUGGCAACUGGUAACUUUUCAGAUGAACUUAAGGUUGGAGAGGGAGGAUACGGGCCUGUUUUUAAAUCCUACCUUGAUCACACUCCUGUUGCAAUAAAGAUUCUUGGCUCUGAUGUCUCUCAAGGGAUGAAACAGUUCCAAAGGGAGGUGGAGGUGCUAAGCUCCAUUCGGCAUCCAAACAUGGUGCUCCUAAUGGGAGCUUGCCCUGAGUAUGGCUGUCUGGUAUAUGAAUACAUGUCGAAUGGCAGUCUCGAGGACCGCCUAUUCUGCCUCUCUAACACCGCUCCACUCCCAUGGCGCUUGCGCUUCAAGAUAGCCUCCGAGAUUGCCACUGGCCUCCAUUUCCUCCACCAAGCGAAGCCUGAACCCAUUGUCCACCGUGAUCUCAAACCAGGAAACAUACUUCUUGAUCACAACUUUGUCAGCAAGAUCGCCGAUGUUGGCCUUGCCCGCCUCAUUCCUCACACUACUGCCUCUGACUCUGCCACCCAAUACCACAUGACCGCUGCAGCUGGCACUUUCUGCUACAUUGACCCUGAGUACCAGAAGACUGGCAUGCUCGGUAUCAAAUCUGACAUCUAUGCCCUUGGCAUCAUUCUUCUGCAGCUCAUCACAGCUGCAACCCCUGUUGGGCUUGCCCACAAUGUCGAGAUGGCCAUAGAGCGGGGCAAGUUUGAGGAGGUGCUUGACCACAGUGUUCCAGAUUGGCCUUUGGAAGAAACUAGGAAGUUUGCAGACCUGGCAUUGAAAUGUGCUGAACUCAGGCGCAGAGACCGCCCCAGCUUGGCCUCUGUCAUUCUACCAGAGCUUAACCACCUCCGUGCAUUGGCUGAAUCUUCUUCUGAAGAAACAAAUUGGGUGCAACAUCAUGAACGUUCUCUGAGCUACAAGGUAACCUAGCCCUUCAAGAAAUAAGACCUGAAAACCAUGCUUGCAUGCAUGAAUGCUAGGAAAUAGGAAUUCUUUGGCACCUGUGUCAGUUUGUAAAAGCGUUGUACUUCUUUCUCUCCUUUCAAUAUCCCUAUAAACAUUUCUUUGAAGAAGGUACAGGUAACUAGGACCAGAUGAUAUUGUACUCCAAAGUUAUAGGGAUUGGUAUGCUCUUUACUUAUAAUAAACAAUUUCAUGCUGUUUGUUGUUGCAGCAAUCUGCAAGAUGUUCUAAUAUGGAGAGUGCCUUUAGAUAAUGGCACUGUCAAAGGCUUAUCCUUUUUUUAAGCACAUGAAACAACAAUUGAAGUAAACAAUG